UUAACUAAUUUAUCACCAAUUUUUUUCACUAAUUUAUUCUUUAUCUGUCGAUAGUUUAUUUAUUUUUGAUUUUCACUGAAUCAAUAGUUAUAAAUAAUAUAUUUUGUUCCUGUGAGUAUAACUCAUUGCAGUUAAAAUACAUAGACCGAGUUGAAACCCUGAUACAUCUACUUAUUCACAAGUUGAAAUUCUAGUCACUAAAUUACUUGACAAAAAUAAAAGUAGUACUCCACUACUCCGUAUGUUUUUAUACCCUGUGGUUUGGAUAAAGAUGAAAGAAUUAUAUGGAUGAACAAUAAUGAAGUAUUUAGAGGGUACACGGAGGCUAAAAGAUCAUGGUACUAAUAAUUAGAGGCAGAAGAAGUUUGAAGUCAAUUUUUAUGAUAUGGACAGUUGAUGAAGAUGAGACAGAUAGACAUACACAUAUUUUCCUAGACGCGUUUUCUCUUUGUUGAAUUAGUCAUUUUGAAGUGGAAGUGUGAACCUUGGAUUUUAAGACUCUUUCAACGUCAAAUUGUUGCUUGUAUUGUAUUUUCUCUCGUCCUUUUUUAGCAUUUCAACCAUACGGCCCCACUUUUUGUUUUCUUAAUAUCAAAAUCACUAAGGAUGGACUAACUCCAGAAUAUAGACCUCUCAGUUUUUAUAUUUCUCAAUCUUAGUUUCCAUGCAUAUAACUACUAUUACUUUUCUCGUUGUUUAUAAUCCUAAGUUUACGUGGUUUAGACGGUUUAGGCGCCUUAAAGACGAAUAGAAGAAGAUUCAGUUGUAUAGUUUAUGAAGUCAAGUGUUUGUCUUUAUUCAAAUAGGAGUAUGGUAACUUGAGCAUGAAGUUGGUCUUACUUCACUAAAGGCCAAAAUCUAGAUAUCAUGUGUUCCCACCUUCAUUUCCAUUCAUGUUCGUUUUCCACUUGGUUUAUCAUAUCAGGCACUUCAAGUUGGUGUUAUUAUAUUGUGAACAUUGAACUAUUGAAGAGUGUAAAAACAAGUUAGACAAAUUUCAACUUGCUUUAGAAAUCAAAUCACUGCCCCCUUUUGCAGAUAAAGUGGCUUAGGAGAAUUAAGGAUGAGUCUAGUUUAUGAAUUUAUGUUCCUUUUGUUUUCACACCUCAUGAUGUUACUUGUGUUGGUGUGUGGAGAUAAGAGUAAGUACCAAGGAGAUUGUCCACCUUCAUUUCGUUGUGGAUAUCUUGGCAAUAUCAGCUUCCCUUUCACUACAACUGAACACCCGGACUGUGGCUUAUUGCCAAUACAUAAUUGUGAUGAUGAUGACCCACAAAAGCCUAAAAUUAUCCAAUUACAGAAGGAAGGGAAAUGGUUUGAGGUUGGAGUUGUAAAUCCUCUCGAGUUUCAUGGUCGUGGCAGUAGUACUUUUGUUUUUAGAGACGAUAAAUUCUACAAACUGCUGCAAACCAAAAGUUGCGAAGCUUUCAGAUAUAAUUAUACUCUUCCUUCCACCUCUGGCUUUGCUUCUUUUCGUAUCAAAACCAAUGCAACCCUGUUUGUGUGUAACCAUACCCUCCAUGUACACCCUCCAACAUAUAUGCAUAUGCAUAACUAUACAAAGUGCCGCCAAUACGAUCUCUUCUACCAGCCUUACAUUAUUGCUGAUAAUGUGUUUCGGAGUGCUUUUACCGAUUGUACAAAUGUCCACCUUCCCAUUAAAGACGUCGCUGAUGGUGAAGACCCUUUUACUUUCGUAACGGCUGAUAUCUCCAUUGAAGUAAAAAUAACAGAAGAAUGUGCAUAUUGUCACUUCAAACAAAGAGGGCAGUGUCAACUUGACAGCAACAGGGGGUUUUAUUGUGCCAAUGCGAGAAAAGGACUAAGUCGGCAUGCCAAACUGGGUAUAGGUUUGAGUAUUGGAAUCGUAGGCAUCUUGUUGAUUGCUUUGCUGCUUCUCGUACGCUACAAACGAAAACAUGCUAUCUCAGUUGGGCACUUCCAAUCUAGUUACUCUAUUUCUGAUUCCUCCAUAAAUCCACGCCGAGAAAUGGGUAGUAAAUACUUUGGAGUUCCACUAUUCUCCUACGACGAGCUUAGAAAAGCAACAAACAAUUUUGACCAUAAUAAAGAACUUGGAGAUGGAGGCUUUGGUACUGUCUACUUCGGGAAACUUCCCGAUGGACGUGAAGUUGCUGUCAAGCGUUUAUACGAACACAACUAUAGGAGGGUAGAACAGUUCAUGAAUGAAGUUAAUAUCCUGACAACUUUAAGGCACAAAAAUCUUGUGUCCCUCUAUGGCUGCACAUCACGGCACAGCCGUGAACUACUGCUUGUGUAUGAAUAUAUCUCAAAUGGCACCAUUGCAUCUCACCUCCAUGGUGAAUUGGCCAAGCCCGGCUUACUACCAUGGUCUAUACGAAUUAAAAUUGCUAUAGAAACCGCUACUGCCUUGGCUUAUCUCCACGCUUCUGGUAUCAUUCACCGUGAUGUGAAAACAAACAACAUACUCCUUGAUGACAAUUUUGGUGUUAAAGUUGCAGAUUUUGGCCUUUCAAGACUCUUCCCUGAAGAUGCCACUCAUGUCUCCACAGCUCCACAAGGGACACCAGGUUACCUUGACCCCGAGUAUCACCAAUUUUAUCAGCUUACCAGCAAGAGUGAUGUAUAUAGUUUUGGAGUUGUGCUCAUUGAGCUAAUAUCAUCUAAGCCUGCUGUUGAUAUAAACAGAAGUAGGGAAGAGAUUAACUUGUCAACUCUAGCCACAAGGAAGAUUCAAGAAAGUGCAAUUGAUGAACUGGUAGAUCCUUGUCUUGGUUUUCAUUCAGACGAUGAGGUUAAUAGGAUGAUAGUUUCAGUGGCAGAAUUGGCUUUUCAAUGUUUGCAAAGGGAUAAGGAGUUGAGACCUUCUAUGGAAGAAGUCUUGGAUGAACUUAGGAGAAUAGAGAGUGGUAAGGACAUGGUUGAGGUUGUAGAAGAGGCAGAUGUUGAUGAUGUUGGGUCUUCACACAGUAAUGUAAAUCCACCACCAAUACUAGCCUCACCUGAAUGGGAUGAAGUUGGAUUGUUGAAGAUUAUGAAAAAUGUGAAGCAUCCUUCUUCACCAAACACCGUCACUGAUAAAUGGGAAAGUAUAAGUACUACUCCUAAUGCCAGUGCGUAAUCACUUCGUCGAAUAUCAAUUGUUGAUAAUCCAUUUUUAAUGUAUCAACUUUAAGCAAUGAUUGUUAGUUUAAACAUUACAAAGAGUUAGUCCAAUGUAUCUUGUUGUCUCAUCCACCUGUAUAGAUGAUAGUAUACGAUGAUUAUUUUACGAGACAUUGUUCAGGUAAGAGAGUUGAGUUGAAAUGGAAGUACAUAUGUAAGUAUAAAAAAAGGAGGUACAAAAAUAAGACAGAAAACUGAAAAUUUUGGACACAACGUUUGCUAUCUGCUUAUCCUUGGAUUUUUAAUUUUUUUUUUUAAUAAAUUGUAAUAUUAGAUGAGCAUGACCAAUGCCUAUAAGUUUUGUCCUUGUUUUCUUGCCUGUCUUUAGGGGAAAAGGUACAUGUUGGAAGCUAUUUGGAAACUUCAUGUGCCAAGAAAUUUAUUGAAAUUCAUGAAAAUUGAAAUGUA